AGCUAGCUGGGGCUGGAGAGGAAGUGGAGUUUGGCUUACGUUGAGAGCAAAGUGGGCUGAGCCGCUGAAGAAUAUCAGGCAGAGGCGGAGAGGAGGACACACAUCAGAGCAGAGAGGCGACGAGAGCGGACAGGACGAUGCGGCCGAAACACCCACCAAAACGGCGAAAAUCGCCCCAAAAUGUGCCACCGGCCGGUGUAGAUGACGACGGCGACACCCGGACUUGGAAAUGGGAAUUCUCUUGAGGUUUCACAAAUUGCGUCAACGAAGAAAAUAAAUCAUCUGACCCAAGCUAAAUGGGUUGACAUUUAGACCAUGGAGUCGAGAAUUGAAGCGUUCCGGCGAUUUGAACUGCAAGAAGUUUUUCGGAAGCAUGAGAUGGGCGGGAAGAUUUUCAAAUUAUGAUGAAAAAGAAGACGGCUCGACGCCAUUCAACUGGAUAGUGGUGAAGUGGAGACAGCGUUGUUUGACGCGAAGAUGGCAAACUGAUUUGACAGUUAGCCACAUUUUGCCAAGAUGAAGCCUUUUUGACUGGGAUUUUUCGAUUGGAUAUUUUUUUUUUUAUGACAACAUGGACACUGGAAGACUUGCUGGCUGUAUAGCGGACUUAAAGAAUGACAUUGUUGUUUUGGGGAAAAUAGCCUUUGUACAUUUGUUUUUCAAAUGUUGUUUUGAAAUAAAGUUUAUGUCCUCGUAAUUUUCCUGGCUUUGUUUCAUUAGCUUAGUAACCGGAAAAUUACAAACUAAUUUGGCGUUACAUUUUUAUAACGUUGAAUUACAUUAGCUCGGCUGUUGGUUCAUAUUUACAAGUAAUCCGUACAACAAAAACACUUGGUUAGCACUGACUUUGUGCCACUGCUCAGCACGUUUGCUAACUUUUAAGUUAGCAUACACACUCACGGUUAAACUUCGUACUGGGUUGAUGAAUCUACUUUAUUUUUCAGGUGUUAUUCUACAAACAAAUUAUCACUUGCUUUGUUAGAUAAAUUGAAAGUGGUAGAAAUUUAAGCCAGCCCCACUGUAUAAUCUUAACUCAAUUAAAACAAUCGAAGAAUACAUACUUUUUGUAAGGUACAAUGCAACUAAAAAAGGUUUUGGUCUGAGCAGAAAUGGUUUCCAAAGGCAUUCUAAAAUGGCUUCUGGUUGUUCUUCUUCCUGUCUGUGCAGGAAGUGAUGCAAUUGGUGCAACAAUAAUUAUAUACUUUUUAAAGCCUCUUAGUAUUCUUACUAUUUCAUGAAGUGAAAGUAAAGGUCUCAACUUCAAGUCUGGGGCUGAAAGUAAAUAUAAGUUUAUAUAAAACAACAUUUAAACCUAAUAAAAGGGGUGGGACUUCACAUCACCUGAGUGUGGGGUAAAUGGAAAUAACGUCAAUCAAAGGCAAAGCAUUCAGAGCUAGGAAGGAGCUCUAGAUGGCGGCUGAGCCUUGGGAAGGGUGCCAUGGGCUUUCGUCAGACCGUUUCUCUUACUAGUUUUUCGACCUAAACUGUCUGAUUUUGGUUUAUAUUAAGCGCAAUGUUAGUACGAUCGGUAUUUUAACGGGAAUUAAGACGUUUUGAGUGGUUUUCGGGCUGUUUUUUCGAGUCGGACGAGCCGUUUGUGCAGAGGGAGUGCUUGUCGUUGUUUUCCACACGGCUCUGGCAGCCAUGGCGCUCCUCCAUUUUUAGUGAGCUGCUCGCCUCUGUCGCUCUGACAGCAGAUGCACACUUUAAAGGCCUUAAAGCUUUUCAAAACAAUGCUCUUUUUUGCAAUUUAUUAUUAAGUUAUUAUUUGUAUAGUUUGUAUUCGAAUCGGAUAAUUGCUUGUGAUAGAGCGAACGUCGACCUAAUAGUUAAUUUAUAGGUUACUACCUUUCUUCACAUUGAAUUGGUCUGUUUACAUUGUGAAGUGCAUAAUUGACUGAUUUUCUCAUCCUUAAAUCUUAUUUUUCUAUCCUUUCAUGUGAUGACGCAGUUGCAAUUAAUUGCAUGCGGCUUGUUCCGUGGACUUUACUGAACGAAAUACGUUGGAUAUUUAUCAUAUUCUAGAAACACCUGUCAAUUUUCCUUGGAUAUAUUUUAAUGAAGCGAUGUAUAUAAUGAUGCUUCCUUUCGAUUUAAUGCCCUUUUUCUCAACUCGUGUCGCGUCGCCUGGGUUUUAACUGCCACCCGAGCAAAGGCAAUCUUGUGGGACUUGCAUGAUAGCUCAUGCUUCCUCUAACUUUUUGACAGUAAAUACCAGGACAAAAUACCUUUCAAAGACUUUCAGGAUACUACCAUGAUGAAGACUAAAAGUAAAAAACAAGAGGAUGAGCGAUCGACUCAAAGCAAUGCAUCAAGCAAUUCAGCCUCCGGAGAAUCCAACCGCUCUGCGUCCGAGUCGGGGAGUCGGUCAGAGAGCGAGCAUGGCAGUGAGCGGAGGAAAUCCCACAACUCUGAGUCAAACAGCUCCUCAGAGUCUGAGAGUCACUCAGAGUCAGGGAGCGAGUCUGCAGGGUCCAAAUCACAGCGAACCACAGAAGAAGCAAAAGAUAAGCCAGUUAAAAAGAAGGAGCGCCUGGCUGACGUAAAGAAGAUGUGGGAAGAACAUCCAGAUGUCUACGGGGUCAGGAGGUCAAACCGCAGUAGACAGGAGCCGGCUCGUUUAAACAUUGGAGCUGAGGGUAGCAGUGGCUCAGAGAGUGAGAGUCCCAAGAGGAAAACACCCCGAACCAAGAAAAAAGAAAAUAUCUGGAAAGAUGAUGACUCUAAUGAUGAAGACGAGGAGGAGGAAGCUACGGACAGUUCAGACAGUGAGCAGGAAGAGAAAAAAGUUAGAUCCAGACGACUUCCUGCUAGAAGACCUCAGACCAAAUCAUCAACGGCCAAAAAGCAGCUGUCUCAAAAAGGCAAGAAGUCCAGGAAACAGGACUCGUCUGCUGAAGAAGACGACGAUGAUGAAGACGAUGACGACGACGAUGAUGAAGACGAUGAGGACGGCACUCCAAAGAGACAAACUCGAGGAAGGACUGCAACCAAAGUGAAGAGUUAUAAAGAGGACCAACAUGACUUUGAAACAGACUCUGAUGACCUGAUCGAGAUGACAGGGGACGCUUGUGAGGAGCAGCUGGAUGAUGACAGUGAGACCAUUGAGAAAGUGAUGGACACCAGGACAGGCAAAAAAGCAGCCACUGGUGCCACCACUACAAUGUAUUCUGUGGAGGAGAACGGGGACCCAAAUGGAGGCUUUGACCCCGAGAAGGAUGAGGGGGAGACUCACUAUCUGAUCAAGUGGAAGGGCUGGUCCUACAUCCACAACACAUGGGAGAGCAUGGACACUAUGAUACAGCAAAAGGUCAAGGGACUUAAGAAACUGGACAACUUCAAGAGGAAACAUGACGAGCUCUCUUCAUGGAUGAGGAGGGCGUCCCCUGAGGAUAUAGAGUUUCAUAACUGCCAACAGGAGCUCAUAUCCGACCUGAACAAGCAGUUUCAGUUUGUGGAGCGUAUUAUUGCAACAAAAACAGCAAAGACACCAGGAUCUGUUGACUUCCCCUCUCAUAGUCACAAGAAUCCGUCCUCCGAUGAGCCAGAGUACCUCUGUAAGUGGAUGGGUUUGCCCUAUUCAGAGUGCAGCUGGGAAGAUGGAGCUUUGGUUGGUAAGAAGUUUCAGCACUGCAUCGACAGCUUCCUGAGCCGAAACUCCAGUAAAACCGUCCCAUCCAAAGACUGCAAGGUGUUAAAGCAAAGACCGAGGUUUUCUGCUCUGAAGAAACAACCAUCGUACAUUGGAGAUGAAAACCUUCAGCUGAGAGAUUAUCAGCUGGAUGGGUUGAACUGGUUAGCUCAUUCCUGGUGCAGGUGCAACAGCGUUAUCCUGGCAGAUGAGAUGGGGCUUGGAAAGACCAUCCAGACCAUCUCCUUCCUGUCGUACCUGUUCCAUCAGCACCAGCUGUACGGACCCUUCAUCGUGGUGGUGCCUCUGUCCACGCUCUCCUCCUGGCAGAGAGAGUUUGAAACCUGGGCCCCCGACAUGAACGUGGUGGUCUACCUCGGGGACGUCAUGAGCAGGAAAUCGAUUCGUGACUACGAGUGGGUGAACCACCAAACGAAGAGAAUCCGGUUCAAUGCACUAUUAACUACUUAUGAGAUUGUACUUAAAGACAAGGGGGUCCUGGGGAAUAUCAACUGGGCGUUCAUGGGUGUGGAUGAAGCACACAGGCUGAAGAAUGACGACUCCCUGCUGUACAAAACAUUAAUGGAGUUCAGGUCCAACCACAGGCUCCUCAUCACCGGCACUCCGCUGCAGAACUCCCUCAAAGAGCUCUGGUCCCUGUUGCACUUUCUCAUGCCUGACAAGUUUGCUUCCUGGGAGGAUUUUGACGAUGCGCACGGGAAAGGAACUGAUAACGGUUAUCAGAGUCUUCACAAAGUCCUCGAGCCCUUCCUUCUGCGACGUGUUAAGAAAGACGUGGAAAAAUCUCUCCCUGCCAAGGUGGAACAGAUCCUCCGUGUGGACAUGACUGCACAGCAGAAACAAUACUACAAGUGGAUUUUAACGAGGAAUUACAGAGCCCUUUACAAAGGCCCUCGAGGCAGCUCCUCCGGCUUCCUGAACAUAGUUAUGGAGCUUAAAAAGUGCUGCAACCAUAGUUUUCUCAUAAAACAGCCGGAGGAAGUAGAAAAUGAAACACAAAAGGAACACAUGCUGAGUGUAGUGAGGGGCAGCGGGAAGUUGGUGCUGCUGGACAAGCUGCUGACCCGACUCAGAGAAAGAGGAAACAGAGUCCUGAUCUUCUCUCAGAUGGUCAGGAUGUUGGACAUUCUGGCUGAAUAUCUCGCCAAGAAUCGCUACCCAUUCCAGCGGCUGGAUGGUUCUAUAAAGGGGGAAAUCCGAAAGCAAGCACUUGAUCACUUUAAUGCAGAAGGCUCAGAGGACUUCUGUUUCCUGCUGUCCACCAGAGCUGGAGGUUUGGGGAUAAACUUGGCCUCGGCAGACACCGUAGUGAUCUUUGACUCUGACUGGAACCCUCAGAACGACCUGCAGGCUCAAGCUAGGGCUCACAGGAUCGGACAAAAGAAACAGGUCAAUAUUUAUCGACUGGUCACAAAAGGCACAGUGGAGGAGGACAUCAUCGAGAGGGCAAAGAAAAAGAUGGUUUUGGACCAUCUCGUCAUUCAGAGGAUGGACACUACUGGUCGAACUGUUCUGGACAGCAACUCUGGGACCACAAAUUCAAAUCCAUUCAACAAAGAAGAACUGACUGCCAUCCUCAAGUUUGGUGCAGGGGAGCUUUUCAAAGAGGCCGAAGGAGAGGAGUCUGAACCACAGGAAAUGGAUAUUGAUGAGAUCCUGAGAUUGGCAGAAACGAGAGAAAGUGACCAAGGCUCCAGUGCUACGGACGAACUUCUAUCUCAGUUUAAGGUUGCCAAUUUCUCCAGCAUGGAAGAGGCCGCUCCAGAGCCACUGGAGAAGCCGGGGCGGGAAUGGGACGAUAUCAUCCCUGAAGAGCAGCGACGCAAAAUUGAGGAAGAGGAGAAGCAGCGAGAGAUGGAUGACAUCUUCAUGCUGCCCAGGAGCAGGAGCUCUAACAAGAGGGCUCAGGCCAAUGACAGUGACAGUGACGUCGGCUCCAAGCUGAAGAACCGCUCCUCAGGCUCCGAGAGUGAGACUGACGAUAGCGAUGACGACAAGAAGCCAAAGAGGAGAGGCCGACCCAGAGCCCGCAAAAACAACGUGGAGGGUUUCACUGAUGCAGAGAUCCGCAGGUUCAUUAAGGCUUACAAGAAAUUUGGAUCACCGCUUGAAAGAUUGGAGGCCAUCGCAAGGGACUCUGAGCUCGUCGACAAAUCCAUAGCAGACCUGAAGAGGCUCGGUGAACUCAUCCAUACUAGUUGUGUGACUGCAGUGCAGGAGCAUGAGGAACACCUUAAAGAAAACCCAGUGGAAGCCAAAGGUCCUGGGAAACGGCGAGGAAUCAACAUCAAGAUCUCGGGAGUGCAGGUCAACGCCAAGACCAUCAUCCAGCAUGAGGAAGAGUUUGAGCCCCUGCACAAAGUGGUGCCCUCAAACCCUGCCGAGAGAAACCAGUUCAAUCUGACAUGCAGGGUCAAGGUGGCCCACUUUGAUGUAGACUGGGAUCUGCCAGAUGACGUGCAGCUCCUGCUCGGCAUCUAUGAGCACGGCUUUGGAAACUGGGAUCUGAUCAAGACGGACCCUGACCUUAAACUCGCUGAUAAGAUUCUCCCAGUCGACCCAGGCAAGAAGCCUCAGGCCAAGCAGCUGCAGGCGAGAGCCGAGCAUCUUCUGAAGCUGCUGAAAAAGGAACAAGACAAUUCAGAGUCUAAAACAGGGGAGGAGGUCAAAGUGAAGAAGAGGAAGCCUCGGGUGAAAAAGGAGAACAAGACUCUGAAGAACGAGCAGGGCAACGACAUCUCCUCCCCCCGCCUGUCCGACAUCCCGUCAGAGGAGGGCGAGGUCAAGGAUGAUGGAACAGAGAAGUCCCCCGCCAAGAAAAGACAAAAGAAAAAGGACAACAAAGAGAACAAAGAAAAACAGGGAACACCUAAAAAGGAGAAGGACGGGGACAAAGAAAAAAAGGGUGCUAAGCCCAAAAAAGAAAAGGCUAAAGCAGCCAAAGGGAAGAAGAAUCAAGGUCCGGUUCACAUUACAGCUGGUUCUGACCCCGUUCCCAUCGAAGGAAAGGACGAUGAUGAACUGGACCAGGAGACUUUCAGUGUUUGCAAGGAGCGCAUGAGGCCGGUGAAAAAGUUCCUGAAGCAGCUGGAUAAACCAGAUGAGGGUCUGUCUGACCAGGACCAGCUCCAGCACACUCGCACAUGCCUGAUGAAGAUUGGAGACCGAAUCACAGAAUGCCUUAAAGCCUACAGUGACCCCGAACAUGUCAAGAUAUGGCGGAGAAACCUCUGGAUCUUUGUGUCCAAGUUUACGGAGUUUGGUGCUAGGAAGCUUCACAAGCUUUACAAAAUGGCACUGAAGAAGCGUUCACACGUGGAAGAGAAGGAGCAGAAGAAAAAGGAGGAUUCUGGAGGCAGGGGGAAAAACUUCCGACCCGAGCCCUCUGGUUCCAGUCGAGACUCCACAGGAAAUCAGUCGUCCUCCAAACCGGGAUCUCACUCCACUCAGCCGGGAGCCCACGGGCACCACAGAGAGCCGUACAACUCUGCUAAUAAACGGCACUUUGGCAACGAUGAUCGAGGGGACUGGCAGAGGGACCGUAAAUACAAUUACCCGAGUAACAGCAACCAGUCGUGGCAGGGAGAUCGACAUCAUCAGUAUGACCGCUACAAGGAUCACUAUGGAGACCGACGUCCUCAUGGAGACUCGUACCGCAGCAGCUCAGGGGGUUACCGCAACAGCAGCUCCCCUCGUAAACGGCCUUAUGAGCAGUACAGCAACGACCGGGACCACCGGGGUCAGAGACCCUACUAUGACAGGCAUUCAGAUCCCAAAAGAAGACGUCCUGAUGAAUUCCGUCCUAACCACCACCAGGGCAGGGAGGGUCCUCUCCAGGACUUCAGGAGGCCUGCAGGUCCCCCCGGCUCCGAGCACUACAGCAGACACUCUGACAAACCCUCACUGGACCCUCGCUCCCCACAGACGCAGAAGUCUCCGCAGGACCCGCGCUCUUCCCCGGAGCGGCCUGCAGAGCCCAAUGAAGCGGCAGACUCUACCUGGAACAACAGGAAAACAUAAAAAGUGCACCAGUGCAGACCGAGGACAGAUCUGGGUGUUUUGUCCAGGGUCACAAACAUGCUGCUGAUGGACAAGUCUGGACACAGUAGGAAAGGGAUGUUCCCUUUUUACCAGCAAAACUCUGUUGCUCUUUUCCCCCAAAUGACUGUGGCUGGGAAUGAUGCCCUGAUGGAAGUAUGCUUUCCUUCUGUCGUCUCCAAGAUGAAGAAAAACGUUCUCAAGCAUCUUUGUUUAAAUGAAGUGACUCAAACCAGUGCUUUUGGAUGCUUAGUCCCAUGGACUAUUUUCUAAGAAGAAUUUAGGAUACAUGAACUGCUGACUGAUCUCAAUCCUAAAAGUGCCUGAAGGCUUCAGCCUUUCUGAAUGGUGUAUGGGAUUAUUCCCAGAUGAGGCAUGAGAUGGACAUAUAUUUUUGUGUUAAGCUUUAAAACUUGCAAAUGAUGUCGUUGGGAUAUUUCAAUACAAACAAAUGUGUUUUCAUCUGCACCUUCAUUAUGUUUAUCUUGAACAUGUAGCUGAACUGAAUCCCCACUUUAAACAGGUGGUGCAAUGGCAUGGCCCUGUUAUGUUAUUUGAAUGAUCAAUGAAGCCAGUAUGUUUACUCUACAAAACACUCAACAAAAUCAUUUUAGAAAAUUCACAUUGCUCAUGUGUACAAAUAAUAAUAAUAAUAAUUUCUGUAACCGUGUAGUUAUAUAAAUCAAGGCAAUCCUCUUGCUUUGUUCACUUUAACCACUUUCCCUCUUAGUAGGCCCAGUGAAAUAGAAGCAGUAUUUAUUGCCACAACUUGUGCAAAGGCUCAUAACACUAUUACUUAGAACAAUCCUUUAUUUGUUGCCUUUCAGUAUUCUGAUAGUUAAGAAUGGUACUUCAGUGUAGUUGCAUUAAUUCAUCUCUCAGUAUGUAAGUAUUCAGAAAAUAAUAUUCUGAUAAAACCUCUUCUCUCUUUAUCUAUGGUUUGGAAAUUAUGUUGUUAGAUUGUUCAAGGGUUACCAGGAAGUUGCUGAUAACAUUUGAUUAUGUGUAUUACCUCUGGUCAACCUUUAUCCGUGCCAAACCUGCUCUGGCCCUCAAUGUUUUUUUUUACGCUUCUCCAUCUGUGCCUUAUUUAUGUGUGUAUUAUCAUAUUGUUCAUUAACAGUCCUGGGGCCCGACAGGCGGGGUGUAGUAUUACAGUCUGAUUUUAAGGACAUUGCUCUGAAUGAACUGGUUAAGGGACCAUGUAUUCUGGUAAGCAUCCUGUGGUUUCCAAAAGAGCUGAUCAUUUGAGGGAAAAAACAUAGAUAUAGGUAUGAUGUGUGUGUGUGUGUGUGUCUGUGCAGGGCUCUUAGCCGACCUGUUACAGUGAACAGCCAGCACAUCCUCUCCACGUUAAGCAACUUACAGUUUCUGUAUCAUGUUCUUUAGGAAAGUCUAAAUAAUUUAUAUUUGUGACAAAACCACUCUUCAUGAGAAAUGAUCUGUACAUAUGUUUGGACAUAUGUAAUAAACUUUGUUACACAAUGAAAA